AAUCCUCUUUCUUGUCUGAAACAGGGACAUAAACAAGGGAUGGAGGGAUGGAGGGAAGGGGAGAGAACGGAGGAGAAGAAUAAAGCUCUGAAUGAAACAGACCAAAAACCACACAACAUAUCCCAUGGGCCUCUCUGCUUGAACACCUCCCGACUACCACUCAUGUCUGGUAAAGUCCUCUCCACUAGCAACAGCAGCAGUGAGAGUAUAAUCUCCCGCUCAGACCAUCAACCUGCUUGGAAAAAGAUGAGAAGGAUUGCUUCCCGACCCAAAGAUGGGACAUGCAGCAAGUGUGACAGAAACAAAUAGACCCCUUCCACCCAAGCGAGUUGUUGCAGCCAAACUGAUUCGGCCUACAGGAGCAGACACUAUAGAUGCUGGUCCCUCUAGAGGUUUUCAGAAGCCGCCCAUUGCCUCUCUCACUAAAGCAGCACCAACAGCAGCAGUUGGGCGUUCACGACGGCCUGCAUGGGACGUGAAGGGAAAAGUUACCGACAUGGAGGGCAAGAUUUCCAACUACCAGAGCAAAGUCAAAACGUUGGCCCAGGAGAACGAGAGUCUGAAGGAGUCUGUAGCUACAAGCAGACAGAAGGAAGCACAGAUGACUUCAGACCUACAAGAACUCCACACACAGCUCAGCCAGUAUGAGCUGGAGCUGGCUGCCCUGUCUGGUGUCAAAGAGCAGCUGGCCAUUGUGUCCAGUGAGAAGGCCUCCCCGGAGAAGACCUUAUGCAACCUCCCCGACGAGCACAAAGUUAUUCUGGGCUUGAGGGAGAGUUUGGAGGCUGAGCUUCACAGUGUGAAGGUAGAACAUGUUCUCCCACAAGUGAAAUGGCAGGCAGGCUUACUCAUUGUGACAAUGGAUCACCUUGACUGCUGUGACAUGAGAUGAAUGGUGUAUAGCUGUAUUGAAUGAGGCAGGCUGGUUUUCUAACGUGCCUCUGCUCCUUGGUCAGUAAUAUCUAAGGAAGUCUGGCAUAGCCCUUUGGUCCAGCCUCAUUCAAACCCACUGCCAUUACGGCUCGUCACCAGCCCCCAUUGCAGGCCAAGAUUUUGGUUUUAAGUGCAUCAGUGUCUGACUGAUUGCAGUCUCAAGCAAGAGGCGUUAUGAACUUUCCUUUGAUGCAAACCAACCCAAACACCAACCAGCUUACUACAUGCUGAGAUUGACUUCCCCUACAACAAUACCCAUCAGCCUGAACACACCUAUUUCUGCAAAGUCAAUGUGAACAUUUCUUCAGGGAGUUAUGCCUGCAUAAAGUAGGACACUGCACUACAUUUCACGUUAAUGCAAAGCUGUACCUGGCCGUUUAGAUCAAUGCAUCUGCUCAAUUGUGUUCGUUUGGCAUCUUGAACACAAAAUGAUGGCCAGUCUGCCACCUAGUUAUGCUUGCAUAUUACUUGGGCGAAAUAGCAGUGUUCAGGCCAUUAGGUUGCACUAUGUGGACACAGCAACACCAACCAUACAACAAAUGAUCCAUGAUUGCCCUGACAAAGUUGAUGUGUAGAUCCUGUAUUGGCUCUGUAUAAAUCUUAAGA